CGCCUUUCUAAAGCAUAUUGUAAUCUCUCUCGCCAUCACGGAUCGACCACACUAUUCCGUGAAGCCAUGUCCGAGUCCGGACAAGAGGCGCACGACGAGAUCCCCAUGUCCGAUUCCAACCACGAAGACUCGGAGCGGAUUUCCCGGGUCGAAAUACAGUUGCAGGAUUUUGUUACUCAGUUGCGUUCGUUGGAUCUCGACGGUUCCUUCGAUCUACCCAAGCUCGAGAUUCCUAAGAACUUGCCUAUUCACGCUCCACAUGCGUACCCGUGCGAAUAUUCCUUCUCCCGUUUGCCGUCCCCUCCAUCUUCUUGGCCGCAGGCCCCCGUAAUGUUACGACCCACACCAGGUUCCCACACGCAAAUUCGGGGGAUCCGAUACGCUGAUUCCAAGACGUACCAGAACUUUUCCGGUUUUUGCGCCGGCUGCAUCCUGCCGAUUAAUACUGGAGCGGAAGAGCCGGGCAAGUCGUUGGUCAUUGAUUUCGAAACGAAACAUUUCGUUGGCACCUUGUUGAUGCGCAUCAAAGACGUUUCUGCUCUUCUCGAUAAGUCCAGUUAUCAACAAGAGUCUUACUUUGAUGGUAAGAAACGCAAGUUCCAAGCGAUAAUCAAGGGAAAAUUUAAAACCGCCUUGCCGAUGAGCCAGUGCGUGACGGGGCAAGCCUUCGAACGGCCGGCCGGCAAGCUGCCGGGUCGCCUCGUAGUCAAUGCCGCCAUCAAAUUUAUAUCCACACUCGCCCCCCAGCUGGAAGUGACGUUGGACGGCAAUGAACCGCGUUUCAUUACACCCUUGGUCGCUACGGCGCACACCGUUCUCGUCGAAGACUACAUCCGUCCGGAAACAGAGAUGACUGACAGUGAUGCGGCGGGAUCCGCCGAAUGGACAAUGGAAGAGAUGAAGGAAAGAACCGAUCCGAAACUAGAAAAGCUCGUCAACUACCACGUGUAUGCCGGAUCGACCGAUAUGGAAUGCGAUGUUGUCGAACCACCAACGGACGUCACAACAAGCAUUCUGCAGACGGUUGAGGGCCAAAUUGAGCUGGGAGAAUCGUCCACGGUCAGCGCUCGUAUGAAGCACCGGAAGAAAAUUUUCAACAAAAUUGCGGCAUCUCGCAACGCGCUGCCCUGUUUUCGAACUGACCAACAAUACACCUUUGAGUUUUAUCAGCAUUUGUUGAUCUUUACAGAUACGGAUGAUUUAAAGCUAGACCUCGGACGUGCGUUGGGAUAUGCUGGGUUGGCUCGUCCCUUGAAUGGUCAACCGAUCAAAUGCAUGGCGGCGCACAAACAUUCCGAAAGCACGGCGUUGGAUACACUUUGGUCCUUCGACAUUUGGCACCACUCCCUGUACGGUCUAGCGCAGCAAGCUUUAAACAGCGACAAAUGA